GUAAAACUUAAAUAAUUUACUAAUAAUAAAUGCAAAGUAGCAAGUAUAACCUACUUCUUCCCUUUCUUCUUCCUUGUGCGAAACUCAGAUCACAAAGGGGCUGAAGGAAAUUUGUGGAAGGAGAUCUGAUGUACUUUCUUGUGGAUCUUAAUUAUUCAGGAGAUCAUGAUCGCCGUAGAGCAUAAAGAUACUAUGCAUACAAAUUGUGAGGCAUCUGUAAGAUGCCUUCAGAGUGCAGGCUAUCCCCAUAAUCUGCACUACAGUAGAACUGCGGUCAAAGUUUUACCAGAGCCUAGUGAUGGCACCUAUAUUCAUCCAGGUGGGGAUAGCUUGGACUGCACUUUGCGUGGUGAACCAAUUGAGUCUUCAAAAGAAUCUCCGAGCCACACUGUCUAUCAGCAUGGUUUUGGUUUAUGGUCUGCCUUUUAUCCUAACUCAAAUAUGCAUCUGCGCUCCGUGAAUGCUAUUGAAAGCCAGCCCUAUCCAUAUUCAAUAGAUAAUCACUACCAUUAUAGCCUAUUAAACAUGUUCCCUCAAAAUUAUCAGUAUGAUUAUCAGUUCCAAGAUUUCCAGUAUUUUGUUGUUAUCGACUUUGAGGCAACAUGUGAUAAAGAAAAGAAUCCUCACCCUCAGGAGAUAAUCGAGUUUCCAUCAGUAAUAGUGAGUAGCACAACUGGCCAGCUGGAGGCUUGUUUUCAAACUUACGUGAGGCCAACAUGCAAUCAACAACUGAGUGAUUUCUGCAAGGAUCUGACUGGUAUCCAGCAAAUUCAGGUUGACAGAGGUGUUACUCUAAGUGAAGCGCUCCUUAGGCAUGACAAGUGGCUUGAGAAGAAAGGGAUAAAGAAUACCAACUUUGCAGUUGUCACAUGGUCCAGUUGGGAUUGCCGUGUGAUGUUGGAAUCAGAAUGCCGAUACAAAAAGAUCAGGAAGCCUCCUUAUUUCAACCGUUGGAUCAACUUGAAGGUUCCUUUCGGAGAGGUUUUUGGUGGCGCGAGGUGCAAUUUGAAAGAUGCAGUCCAAAUGGCUGGCCUAGCAUGGCAGGGCCGUGCUCACUGUGGUCUGGAUGAUGCCAAAAAUACAGCCCGCUUGCUUGCUUUUCUCAUGCACAAGGGUUUUAGAUUCUCUAUCACCGAUUCUCUUAUGUAUCAAUCUAAUGAUGAACCCCUUACAUGGAAGCUGCCCCCAGAUCACCCAUCAUUUCCCUCUUAUCAACCUCAAAAGAUGAGAGACGUGCCUUCUCCAGUAUUGCAAAAUCAGCCCUACUGUUUCUGUGGAGUAAGGAGCAGCAAAGGGAUGUUCCGAAAACCAGGUCCAAAGCAUGGAAAUCUCUUCUUCGGGUGUGGGAAUUGGACUGCUGCUAGAGGUGCCUGUUGCCAGUAUUUUGAAUGGGCCUUGUCCUGAAGGACCAGAAAAAAUGACGUAAUUUAUUCAGCCUUGAUCAUCGUCACAUCUCUCUCUCUCUAUGUAAAAAGUGAAACAAAAAGACUGUUUGAGGAAGUAAAUCUUCACUUUUCUUGUGGAGGUUCUCUUCCUACCAAGUAAAUAUGGAUAGUUCAAUCAAAAUCCUUUUGUUUCCUGUUAAUGCUGAUGAGCUGCAGUCAACUUAGGGAACGAAAGAUGGAAUGAUCUAGCCAGUUUAAAACUGACUUGUUGACAGUGAUUGAACUCUAUGGAGUUGGGUAAUGGUGUAGUUAGAAGCAUGCAUUGACAUGCCUGGACAUGUUUUAUUGUGUUAAAAUAACGUGUGAGCAUUUGCUAUUCAAUGGGAAUGACAAAAGUUGCUUGCCCAUAA